AUGAAUUUCCAUCUUUUUACACUUGCCCUGGUGGCAUGUUACUCUUCUCAGCAUGUGGCUGCUCAUACGGUCUUCACGACGCUUUUCGUAAAUGAUGUAUCGCAGGGCGAUGGAACUUGUGUUCGCAUGCCUUCGGAUCCCAGCACAGCUACGUUUCCUAUCAACGAUCUGGCAAGUGACUCGAUGGCUUGCGGAUUUAACGGUACGAUGGGAGUCGAUCGUGUCUGUUCAGUUGACCAGUCCUCGAAAUUGAGCUUCUUGUUUCGCGAAUAUGCGGAUGGUUCAAGCGCUGGGGCUAUUGAUUCUAGUCACAAGGGUCCUUGUGCUGUUUAUAUGAAGCGCGUGGCUUCUGCUAUCAACGAUACGGCUGUGGGUCCUGAUUGGUUUAAGAUCUGGGACGAAGGCUACGACACUAACACAAAACAAUGGUGCACCGAGAAACUGAUCCAAAAUAACGGCUAUCUCUCCGUCAACAUCCCCAGCGAUCUAGCAGGCGGAUACUAUCUCGCGCGCCCCGAACUCCUCGCCCUUCACCAAGCUGACAAGACUCCUCCAAACCCUCAAUUUUACGUUGGCUGUGCACAAAUCUAUCUGGAUUCUGCCGAGACAGCUGUUCCGAAAGAUACAGUGAGUAUCCCAGGUUAUGUCAGUAUCAGCGACUCAUCUGUUCUCUACAAUAUCUGGGAUCCACCUCCUACACCCUACACAAUGGCUGGACCCGCACCCUUUCAACCAGGCAGCUCACCCACUCUCAACAUCACCGGCGCCCAAGCUGCGAAAUUCUCGGCAAAUCAAGGUCAGGGAGAGGGACUUCUUCCGCAAAACGCUAUUCUCACUAAUGCCAAUUGGUGGGCCGUCGAAGUCGCUGCUUACACGACGGAAGCUGGAUGUUGGGAUGCGAGUUCGGAUUGUUGGAACCAAACGACGGUAUGCUAUGCAAGUGCGCCGCCGACGGGCGAUGCGGGAUGUCGGGAUUGGGAGGCACAUUGUACGCAGAUUCAGGAUGCUUGUCAAGGGAGAAACUUUAAUGGGCCGCCUAAACUCGCGAAGACGACGGCGAAGAUGCAGCCGACGCCUACUAUUGCACCGGCGGCUUCGCAGACGGGAGGGGUUUAUGCGGCUGGUUCGACGGUGGUGCAGGCGGGGGAUUUGAAGGUUAGUGUGGAUGGGAGUUGUGGGGAUGAUAAUGGUCAGACUUGUAAGGGGAGUUCGUUGGGGAAUUGUUGUAGUGAGGCGGGAUAUUGUGGGAGUGGAGGGGAUUACUGUGGCACGGGAUGUCAGAGGGAUUUUGGAGUCUGUGGAUGA